AUGAACCAUAAAGAGGACGAUGUUAAAGACCAUGCCCAUACUUUGAAUGAGGAAGAUAUAGAUGGAGAUGAUCUUAGAAUUAUGACGGUACCACUCCUUCGAUCUUUUCGUAUCUCAUUUGGAAAAAACCUGACACUCUGCAUCAGUUUCCCAAGAUACAACAGACAGGAUAAACAUGAAAGAAAGACAGAAGAGUAUGACCAAGAGCCUCUUGAGCAAUUUUUUAAUGAAGUCUCAAGAUUCCAUAGAAAGUAUCUUUUAUCGGAAAGGGUAGGAUCCCCAAUGGGUACUGAAUCCCAAACCCAUUUUCUACCAGACCAAAUCGAAAAACUCUCAAUCGAGGACAAUCCCUCCGCCUCAAGAUCAACCAAUCAACCAAGCACCUCAUGA